AUUCAAUGCUCCAUGCACAUAGGUUUAGUAACAAUUGCCUUUUAUCAAGCAGUUAACAGGUGCAAAGAAAAACGCAUUCUUGGACAAUACGUUCAGCAUGUCUUUCUUUUCACAUUGUUUGAUAAUUCUGUUGCUAGUCUCAAUAGCAUUUGCUCACAGUUUGGAUGAAUGGAGAACUAGGUCAGUUUAUCAAAUAGUAACGGACAGAUUUGCUUUGGAUGAUGACAUGAAGGAGCGCAUUAUUUGCGAUCCGAUCCGUUCUAUUUAUUGCGGUGGAACUUGGAAUGCUACGAAAAAACACUUGGAUUAUAUUCAGGAACUUGGAUUUGAUGCCGUUUGGAUCAGUCCUGUUUUCGCAAAUAUCGACGGAAAUGAUAAUAUAGGUGAAGCGUACCAUGGCUAUUGGACGAAGAAUAUUUACCAAUUAAAUGCUCAUUUCGGUACUGAGGAAGAUUUGUUGAGUCUAAUUGACGAACUGCAUCGAAGAGAUAUGUGGAUUAUGAUGGAUAUCGCAAUUAAUUCAAUGGCUGUUGCUGGACCAAUUACUCCACACUCCUUCAAAGAACAUGUACCAUUCAACAAUCCUUCUUAUUACCAUCCUCUGUGUUGGGUUGACUACGAACUUUUGGACAUUAAGAAUUUACAAGACUGUUGGCUUGGAGAUGAGAGAAUAGCAUUAGCUGACGUGGACACUGAAAAUCCGGUUGUUGUUGAGAAGCUAGAGCGCUGGAUUAAAGAUUUCGUUGAAGAAUUUCAUGUAGAUGCACUUCGUCUCGAUGCUGUGAAACACGCUCCAAACGAGUUCUGGAAAAAAAUUGCUGCAUCUGCAGGUGUAUUUACUAUAGGAGAAUACUUUACCGGCUCUCCUAAAGAAGCUUGUGAAUAUCAAAAGUCAGGAAUGGACUCUUUUUUAAACUUCCCCUUGUACUGGCCGAUUUCAUGGGCGUUCAAUCGGACAGGAAUGGAAUUCGACGCAUUGAAAUAUGCUAUUGACCAAGAGAGAGGUAAUUGUUCGGACGUCACAGUCUUGGGAACUUUCAUAAGCAAUCACGAUUUACCGAGAAUUGCACAUAAUAACACUGAUCAAGCAAGGGUAAUGGGUGCAAUUACAUUCAACUUUAUGUUUGAUGGCAUCCCUUUCGUUUAUUAUGGAACUGAACAGAAUUUGCACAGCUAUCAUGAUCCUUUUAAUCGUGAACCCUUGUGGGAAUAUGGUUACGAUACAAAAAAUCCCUACUACUCUCUAAUACGAACAAUGAACAACUUCAGAAAACAGGUCAUUAAAGAUGAUUCAGAAUAUGUAAAACGUAUUUCACAUAUUCUUAAAACAAAACGCAAAUACAUGGUCUUCCAGAAAGGAGAUGUAAUUACGGUCACUGGAAACUGGGGUGUGCAUAGCCCAGAGGGUUUAACUAUUCAAUUUAUGCCGGAUAAUUUUCGACAAGGCACUGAAUUGAUUGACAUCAUUUCACGCGAGAAAUUCAAAGUAAAUGCGAGAAACACUCUUCUAGUGCCAAUCAAAAAUGGAUUCCCAAGGGUUCUAUAUCCAGCAAACAAAUUUAAAGAGUCACUUCCUCAAGUCAAUUGUACUUUACUUCCUGAAGUGAAAUUCGUCCCGUCAGUAACAGUGACAACCCACUAUGUGAAACCCCCAACUACUAUGCCUGAAGGAUAUCCUAAAGGACACCAUCCAUCAAUAUAUGCUAUUGCGGUUGAAAGAUCCGGUCAAUCAUUCUCCCUCCCGCCAGCUCAGAUUUUGAUUCAAUUUGUUCUUAUCCUUUUUCUCGCACAGCUUGUUGCCUUCGUUACGCUAGUACUUUGAUAUACGUAACGCAAAUUUGCUUUAAAACUUUACUCAAACAUGUAUUCUUACAUCCGCCUUAAUUGUAAUAAUUAUUCAAUAUCUAAAGUCCUAAAAGCCUACAGAAAAGUCGGAGCAGGCGUUAA